CGGAUGGGAUGAACGGUUGAAGGAGAAGUAGCGGGAUCCAUCCAUCGUGACCUCUACUCAUCUUCUCUCUCUUUAACCUCGUUCCAAAGCCUCUCUCAAUUCUCAAAUCGACCUCUAUUUAUUUGUUCUGUUCAUUUGAACUCCGAACGAGAAAGAAGAAACAAGAGGAACGCGCAAAACGCACGAGAAGAGAAAAACCAGAGGAGAAGGAACAGAAGACGAAGAGCAAAAAUGUCGUGGCAAUCUUAUGUUGACGAGCACCUAAUGUGCGACAUCGAGGGCCACCGCCUUUCCGCUGCUGCCAUUAUCGGUCACGACGGAAGCGUGUGGGCUCAGAGCGAGUCGUUUCCUCAGUUUAAGUCUGAGGAGAUCAAUGGUAUCAUGCAAGAUUUUGCUGAACCAGGCCACCUUGCCCCUACUGGCUUAUUUCUUGGAGGUACAAAAUACAUGGUUAUCCAAGGAGAGCAGGGAUCUGUCAUCCGUGGGAAGAAGGGAACUGGUGGCAUCACCAUAAAGAAGACCAAUCAAGCACUAAUUUUUGGUCUCUACGAAGAGCCCAUGACUCCUGGACAGUGCAAUAUGGUUGUUGAGAGGUUGGGAGAUUAUCUCGUUGAGCAGGGCCUGUAGGUCUGGAUCGUAAUCAUGGGUCCCUUUCUUUCUUUCUUUUUUGGAUUGUAAUUCCUUUUAUCAAUUUCUUCCUUCUAUGGCCGGGAAUGGCAAUGGAGGAUUUGCAGACAAUAACUGUGUGAAGAUGAACGGUUAUUUUGGAAUCCUAGGGUUUUUUAUUUAUUUAUUUUGUUUUAUUUUUUUGCAUUGUCACCAUAUUUUUCUGGAUUAUGGUUGUUCCUCCUUUCCACCCAAAAGUUUCUACUUGAGUUGAACAUUAAAGUCUUAUUGAUCUUUGAA